AAGAACAAGAGACGAGACAUCUCAAACCAAAAGAUGGACAGCAAUCUAUGACAACAGUUUUAAUUAAAAACAGGCUUGAUUUGAUAUUUUAUUAACCAAAGGUGGUCCAUUAUUUAGAUUUGAAUAUUACAGAGGCUGGAGCUUUGAGAAGUUGUUCUGUAUUCCGGAUGGAUUGGUGGACGGGGGCAGUGUCUCUGUCAAGCCGUGGUUCUGGGUUCCUCUGUAGCGUUUUGUGCCAGACAUUGACUGGGACAGGGUUGACGCGCAUGACUGUCUUGGAUGCAGUGAACUGACACCGCGGAGGAUUCAAUGGACUCUGGCUGGGAAUAGUUUAUGCUCUAUAUGUUGGGUCAGUAAGGAGGUGGAUCUUUUUGGAUUUGUAACUCUCCCUGAUCAUCCCUCAACCUUGCCCAUCCGAGUUGACCCCUUCCUACAGCCACCAUGACAUCAAACUCAUGGCCGCAGCUUCUGGCCUUCAAGCUGACCUCACCGCCUCACGACCCUGGGAGUCCAAAGUGGAUCUUCAGCUGCGACGAAGAGAUAGAGCGUCGCUAUGAGAUCGUUCCCUCUGUGGUCUGCUCCAUGUGCUGCCUCUUCGGCAUCAUAUACUGCUUCUUUGGUUACCGUUGUUUCAAGGCUGUGAUGUUCCUAACAGGCUUGAUGUUUGGCUCCAUCAUCAUCUUUCUGCUGUGUUACAAGGAGCGUGUCCUGGACACCCAGCUGAGUGUGAAGGCCUCGGUGGGCAUCGGCCUGGGCAUCGGUACCCUCUGUGGCCUGGUCACCAUGCUGGUGCGCUCCGUGGGACUCUUCAUGGUGGGGCUGUUGCUGGGAUUACUGCUGGGCGUCGCGUCACUUGUGGUAAUGGAGGAGCUCCACCACCCCCGGACGGUGUGGGUGCCCCUGGGGGUGUUGCUGGGGUCAGGCAUGCUGUUUGCCGUCCUCACCCUCCAAUGGCAGCGCUUCUUCACCACCCUCUCAACCGCUGUGUUCGGCUCGGCUGUCAUCACCGUCACUGUGGACUACUUCCUCGAGCUGUUCGCUCUGGUCAGAUACAUGUCGGAGAGGAUCACGGUGGCUCCGCCCCGUCCUGUCUGCUGGUUCACCUGGGUCGUCAUGGGGGUGUGGCCUGUCCUGGCAUUGCUGGGGGUCCUCAUCCAAUGGAAGGUCACCGCCGAGGGAUAUUCACACACUGAGAUGGUUCUCAGACGACAGCAGCGGAGGGUCCAGUUGAUUAGGAUCCACCAGAAGGAAGAGAGGAUGCAGAAAGAAGUGAGGAAGAAGAAGAAGAGACAGAAGCAGUACCACCACCCUCCUCCAUUUACCACCACCACCAACAAACCCCUCCUCCCUGAGCCUAUCACCUACCACAGGAAACCAAACCACACUCUACGCUUCGAUGGGGACGUGCUGUCUCCUAGUUACAUCGCUAGUUUCCGGGACAGACAAGUGGACAAAGGGAUACCCUCACCCCGGCACCACAUAGCUGACCGAGACUACGACUGUGGAUCCCAAGUACCCCUGACCGCCCCCAAUGGACUGGCUGUACAGGUGUGACAAUGACAAUGACUCAUAGUGUUCUGGAGUGGUGCUGUCGGUCCAUUCAAUGUCCAGAAAAGAUCUUCAAUGUCUGGAUCGAACGUUAAUCUCUGGACCGAUAUUUUUUCUGAGGUGCGUAUAGACGUUGAUGCAGUCCCUUACCUUCUCUUUCGUUCCACCAAUCAGUGUCCAGACUGAGAUUGACCUUUGAACCCUGGACUGAUUUAUUGAAAGGCUGUUGAUGUCUUCCGUUCUCUUCUCUUCCUUUCCGUCCUUUAGUCUGUGGUUUUACUUGGGCUGUGUAACAUAUAAACCCUGCUGGGGUUCCUACGUCUCAGCUCUUAAGGGUGCAAGAAAGCACUGACUGAAGUCUUCAAGAAGCACUGACUGGAGUCUUCAAGAAGCACUGACUGGAGUCUUCAAGAAGCACUGACUGGAGUCUUCAAGAAGCACUGACUGGAGUCUUCAAGAAGCACUGACUGGAGUCUUCAAGAAGCACUGACUGGAGUCUUCAAGAAGCACUGACUGGAGUCUUCAAGAAGCACUGACUGGAGUCUUCAAGAAGCACUAACUGGAGUCUUCAAGAAGCACUGACUGGAGUCUUCAAGAAGCACUAACUGGAGUCUUCAAGAAGCACUGACUGGAGUCUUCAAGAAGCACUAACUGGAGUCUUCAAGAAGCACUGACUGGAGUCUUCAAGAAGCACUGACUGGAGUCUUCAAGAAGCACUGACUGGAGUCUUCAAGAAGCACUGACUGGAGUCUUCAAGAAGCACUAACUGGAGUCUUCAAGAAGCACUGACUGGAGUCUUCAAGAAGCACUGACUGGAGUCUUCAAGAAGCACUGACUGGAGUCUUCAAGAAGCACUAACUGGAGUCUUCAAGAAGCACUGACUGGAGUCUUCAAGAAGCACUAACUGGAGUCUUCAAGAAGCACUGACUGGAGUCUUCAAGAAGCACUGACUGGAGUCUUCAAGAAGCACUGACUGGAGUCUUCAAGAAGCACUGACUGGAGUCUUCAAGAAGCACUGACUGGAGUCUUCAAGAAGCACUGACUGAAGUCUUCAAGACGUCUAUUUUUGAAGUGUUACAAUUUCCCAGAAUACUCAUAAGUCAUUUUUGGGGCCCCCCCAAACGUCUUUGGGAGGUAGUUUAGUUUUUGGUACAAAAAAAAAGACUGUAAAAUCACCAGGAAUUCAACAAAACAUUUGUUUAAUUUGGGAAAUCUGUUCAUAAGUAUCCUGGGGUUACUACCUGGGUUAAUACCUGGUUUACUACCUGGGUUACUACCUGGGGUUAAGACCUGGGUUACUACUUGGGGUUACUACUUGGGGUUACUACCUGGGGUUAAUACCUGGGUUACUACCUGGGGUUACUCAAAUCAAAUCAAAGUACCCCCCCCCAAAAAAAAAAUAUGUGAUUGUGUCUCAAUGUAAUUAAAGUAUGAAAUUAUUGUAUUUUUCAAAAAUACAUUUUUGGGGCGUAGUUGUGGUCCGUUUGCAGUGUACAAAUGAUUAUAAUUAUG